AUGCAGGUACGUGUGAAGCCGGACACCGCGUCGGUGCGGGUCUUGUGUAUCGACGGCGGCGGGACGCGGGGCAAGUACCCCCUCAAGGUAUUGAAGCAGCUCGAAGACGACAUCGGGCUGCCCGGCCAUCCGGUACAGCAGAACUUUGACGUCGUCUUCGGGACGAGCUCAGGUGCCAUCAGCGCCGGCGCCCUCUGCAUCAACGGGUGGACGGUGGAUGAGUGCAUCGCCCGCUUCGAGUCCCUUUCGAACGACGCGUUCACGCCUCGCCGGGUUCCGUCUGUUCCCAUCAUAGGCCCUCUCAUACGACUGAUGAUGCGGAUCCCCUUUUUUGCCACAGUUGUGCGUACCGCAGCCUUGCUUCUCUUCGACAGCAGGUACCCGUCGAAGCACAUCGAGAAGGCUUUGCGAGACAUGUUCGGCUCCGGCAGAAGCAUUGCCGACUACUCGGCGGCCAACACGAUGGGUGCCAUGGUUGGCAUGACGGUUGCUACCGUGCAAGACGCAAGCGCCUGCAUCUUCACCAGCUACAACGGAGUGGGCCAGCGGGCCGGCGAUCGCGGUAGCCUCCCCGUCUCCCUGUCUUCGUCCCCGUCUCCGUCGAGGCCAUUCGAAGCCCGCAAGCUGAUGCUAACGGACUGUAUAGAUUAUGAACUCUUGAGGACGACCGCCGAUGGGGACCGCCUGGCUUUGUGGGAGAUGUUUGUGGUUUCCAGCGUGGUUCUAUGCGAGGCCUGUGGCUUCCGGUGA